AUGCAUGUCGAGGGGGAUCUAGGGUUUUCGAGCCUGGUGGUCCUUGUUUUCUGUGUAGUGGUUAUUCCGGUGGGUUGGUUUGUAAUUAGGUGUAAAUGGCGGGGUGCGGUUGCAAAAAAGGAGGAGAUCAAGAGGUUGUUGGUUUUAGCCGCGGAAGAAGCCGCCAGGGCUGAGUUUGAAGCCACGGCUUCUUACGGCACCGUUCCUGUUUUGAAAAAUAAUUAUCAGUUGAAAAAUAAUUAUCAGUGUGCUGUUUGUUUUUGCCCGACUACGACUCGGUGUGCCCGCUGUAAAGCUGUUAGAUAUUGUUCUGGUAAGUGUCAAAUUAUCCACUGGCGACAAGGUCACAAGGAAGAAUGUCAUCCUCCUACCACCGCAUGCCAUAUUAAUGAUGAUGGAGGUGAUGUUGGCCAGAGGGCGGUUAAGGAAGACCGACAUGAUAUUUAUGAUGGCAGAUAUGAGAAUAGAUCAAUUGAAACAUUCUCUGUGGAACCUGUGGUGUCUGAUUCUAGUUACUGUCCUGGAGUUUUACCUGUAAAGGAUGAUGAUAUUAAAGUUGAUUCUGUUUUAGAUACAGAAGGAACAGAUUCUAUUUCUGAAUCGUCAGGCACCUCGUUUUCUGGAUUUUCGACUCCUACUGGCUCUUCAUUUUCUGGAUUCUCUACUCAUUCAGGGGGUGAAUCAUCUGACAAUGUUUCUGUAAGCGAGAGCAUCAGUUCAAAUGAAACAGAGGGAUCAGACGGACAAACACCAGCUGAUAUUGCCCCUGACACGCUGGAUUCCAGUUUGAACAAGGUGGAUAUGACCAAGCCAUCCUCUCCAAAGUUUGCUACUUUGGUUGAUUCUGUAGAUAGUUUUAAUAAAUUGAGUAAAUCAAAUCAGAGUAAAUCUCACAGCAAUGAUGGGGAGAGUCAGUGCUUAUCUAGUUCUUCAGGUCAUAGCAUCAGUGCCAGGAAUGAUGAUUCAAUCACUAAGCCAACUAAAGUUUCUUCUGGUUUUUGGGGUAGAACUCUGGAUUCUUUUGUGUCCAGCAGUGAUGCUGAGGACAGAUCUGCUCGGUCAAAUUUCACUGGCUCUGGUAACAGCAAGUCAUCUAAUGAUGAAGCGUUCGUACAUUUCAAGUUCAAUCUAUCUGGAAGUGAUGCUCCUACCCAGCAUGCCAAAAGCUCAAGGGUGAAUGGCAUCACACCAGAUGAUGCACUCCCUUCUGCUUCUGGGGUCAGUCGGCCUGUUGAUAGAGCAGUUUUAUCAGAAAAGAAUGGUGUUGAUGCCCGAAAACUCAAGAGCUCCCCAUCCAGGAGCUGUGAAAGGUCCAAUCAUAUUGAUAAUAACUCUAGUGGUGGUUCAGAUGUUUCCAGUGUGCGUAAAUCUAUAUCAUCAUCCUCUUCUUACGCUCAUGUUUCUUCCACUUCUGGAGGAGUUAAAUUAGAUACAGGUGCUUCAAAAGUAUGCAGAUCUCUGUCCUCGAGAUCUGAAAGGUCUGAUGCUGUUGUUAAUGACCCUGUUGGUACUUCACAUCUAUCUAAGUCCAGAUUAUCAUCUAGUGCUUCUCAGACCCAUUUCACUUCUAAUGUUGGUUGGAAUUCAGCUUCAAGUGUGAAAUUUGGAAAUGUUGAAAGUGUUGGACCGGAUGCCGCAGGUUCCUCUCAAAUGGCAAGUUAUUCUCCUAGUUCUAUUAAUGGAUUGAAGUCAUCAGUGCGGAAAGUUGUUGAGCAAUUCAGAGGACCUAAAUGUGGAAGAUAUAGUAACAAGGGCCUUUUCCCAUAUGAUUUAUUUGUGAAGUUAUACACUUCGAAUAAGGUGGAAAUGCGACCAUGUGGCCUCAUCAACUGCGGAAACAGCUGCUAUGCUAAUGCUGUUCUACAAUGCUUGGCAUUUACUCCUCCUUUGACUUCUUAUUUUGUGCAAGGGCUCCACUCUAAAGCAUGUGUAAAUAAAGAAUGGUGCUUCUCUUGUGACUUUGAAAGUAUAAUUUUGAAGGCAAAGGAAGGGAAAACUCCACUUUCUCCCAUUGGCAUACUAUCCCAACUACAGAAUAUUGGGAGUCAGCUUGGUAAUGGCAGAGAAGAAGAUGCACAUGAAUUCCUAAGGUAUGCAAUUGAUGCAAUGCAAUCUGUUUGCCUUAAGGAAGCUGGGGUGAAUGCAUUGGACUCCUUUGAAGAAGAAACCACUCUCAUAGGUCUUACAUUUGGAGGGUACCUUCGCUCAAAGAUAAAAUGCAUGAAGUGCCAUUACAAGUCAGAGCGGCAGGAAAGAAUGAUGGAUCUUACUGUUGAAAUAGAGGGGGAUAUAGGGAAGCUUGAAGAUGCACUUAGACGAUUCACUGGUACCGAGAUUCUGGAUGGAGACAACAAAUACCAAUGUGGCAGAUGCAAAUCUUAUGAGAAGGCUAAGAAAAAGUUGACAAUAUUGGAGGCUCCCAAUGUCCUUACAAUUGCAUUGAAGCGUUUUCAGUCGGGUAAAUUUGGAAAGCUCAAUAAGUCUAUUCGGUUCCCAGAGAUCUUGGACUUGGCACCUUAUAUGAGUGGUACUAGUGAUAAAUCACCCAUAUACAGGCUUUAUGGAGUGAUUGUUCACUUGGAUGUCAUGAAUGCUGCCUUUUCCGGUCAUUAUGUGUGCUAUGUCAAAAACAUCCAGAACAAGUGGUUCAAAAUUGACGACAGCACAGUUACGCCCGUGGAACUUGAAAGGGUUUUAUCAAAAGGCGCAUACAUGCUCCUUUACGCAAGGUGCUCACCAAGGGCCCCAAAAUUGAUAAGGAGCAGAAUAAUAUCUUCUGAUCCAAAAAAUAAAAGCACUCCCUCCAAAAUCUACGCAGCGAACACUGCAUUGAAUUCAAGAUCCAUGUCUACUCAAUCGAGUGUUGCCCAAUUGCAUCCAGAUUCAAUUCCUCAGGAUAAUUUGGCCAGUGUUGAAUCUUUCUAUUUGAAGUUCCACCGGCUUCAGAGGAUUUUAGAAGAGGACUCAUCGAGUGACAGUUUCUCUUUUACUAGUGGCAACUCUGAUGAAGGUUCCUGCAGUACUGACAGCACCCGCGAUUCUACUGAUGACCUUUCUGAUUACAUUUUUGGAGGUUGGAACUCUUGGAGGAACACAUCUGAUUCAGAUACUUCAUCAUCUUCCUCCCCCUUGUACUCACGGCAAUCACCCCAUGCUGAUGAUAUGAACCAGAAUGUUACAUAUUCAGAUUCAAGGGUUGGGGGUCCUGCUUUUUGGGACAGGAUGCCGAUUGGGAGCAGCAAGCUGGUGGAUUUGGAAGGUACUACUUUUUUGCAUUCUGACCCGACUAAACAGUGUAGAAAGUUAGCUAGUAGUAGUUGUAGGGAUAAUCACUCGAGAAAAUUAGGUUCAGUUAACCCUUUCAAUGGUGUAAAAUCCGGGGUAUCCUUUAGAAGAUCAGUGAGUGAAAGGACAGAUUAA